AUGGACCGCCCAGAAGAAGAUGUUGAAAAAAAGGCCGGCGAGGACAGCACCUCCUUCAAAGAUGGUGACCAACAACGGCUUUCAUGGGACGACCCUCGCGAAUCAAGAAAUCCCAAGAACUGGAGCUUUCCGUCAAAGCUCUUUCACACGGCGAUUCCAUGCUUCUUAGCAUUUGAGAUCACAUUCGCAACCUCAAUAACAGUCCCCGCGACAAGUCUCAUAAUGCAAGAGUUCUCCGUCUCACGCACGAAGUCUAUCCUCCCUUUGACGCUCUACACACUCGGCCUCGCCAUCGGCCCCCUCUUCAUCGCACCGUUUUCCGAAGUCAUUGGUCGCAAGUGGAUUUACGCUGGGUCCUGCACAUUUCUCCUCGCGUUCCUCGGGGGUGCGUCGGCGGUAACUACCUUCUCUGGUCUCCUCGCCUGUCGCUUCAUAGCCGGGACACUGGGAUCAGCCGGUAUCGCUGUCGGUGCCGGAACCAUUGCAGACGUUUGGGAACUCGGCAAAGGGGGUGGCGCAUCACUGUUGUAUAUUCUUGGCCCGUUUCUGGGGCCAACAUUGGGGCCCUUGGCUGGUGCUUACACCUUAAACGACAGAGAUAACAACUGGAGAUGGACACAAUAUGUUCUCCUCAUGGUUGGCGCGCCGAUCUGGGUUGGCGCCAUGUUGAUGAAGGAGACAUCAAAAGCCUGGAUUCUGCGCAAAGAGUCGGGAGAAGAACCCAUCACUCUCGUACGACUUGGCAGCAUUGUGCGGACCGCGGUAAUGAGACCGACGAAGAUGCUGCUGACUGAGGUCAUUGUUUCGUCGCUUGCCAUCUACACAGCUUUCGCCUAUGCCAUGAUCUUCAGCUAUUUCGGCAGCUGUUCCUAUGUCCUCCAGAAGUACUACGGAUUUAAUCUGAGGGAAGUUGGAUUGAGCUUCUUCAGUAUCAUUAUUGGAUAUUUCCUCGCUACAUUCGUCUUUGCGUUUCUCGAUGCGAAGUUCAGAGUACCCGCCAUUCAGGCUGGCAAAGGAUAUCCAGAGCAGCGGCUGUAUGCAGCGCUUGUUGGUAGCGUCGCUCUCCCUGUGGGAUUGUUCUGGUAUGCCUGGGAAGCACACCGUGGAGCCCUUGCCGCAAAUGGCAUUCUUCGAUACACCUUGGGAGCCGUCUUUCCCCUGUUCACCAUUCAGAUGUAUGAGAAAUUGGGAGUGCACUGGGCUGGCAGCGUAUUUGCAUUCCUCUCACUGCCCCUGAUACCCAUCCCCUGGCUUCUUUUCAAGUACGGCGGGAAAUUGAGACAAAGAAGCAAGUUUGUGACUGCUUAA